AUGAAGAUCGCAGUCACUGGAAGUAACGGCUCCGUAGGGCGCGCCGUCGUCGCAAACGCGUUAAAACAAGGGCACUCAGUCCUAGGGAUCGAUGUUACCACGCCUGCCGCAGACGAGACGCGCACGAACCCGGACUUCAGCUUCGUGCAAGCGGAUCUGCGCGAUUUCGACGAGACGCUGAAAGCACUCGAAGGAUGUGAGGGCGUAGCACACUUGGCUGCGUUUCGGAAUCCGACCGAUUAUUUGGUCAAGACUCACAACAACAACGUCGUCAUAUCGUGGAACGUCUUGCGAGCGUGUGCAGAGUUGGGGAUCAAUCGCAUCGCAUGUGCAUCGUCGGUGAACGUUAUAACCAUGGUGUACUCUCAAGGCCCGCACUUCGAAUACUUCCCUGUUGACGAAAAUCAUCCGUGCCUGCCUGAUGAGCCGUAUGGCCUAUCCAAGAUCAUUGGUGAGAUGCAAGCUGAUAGCAUAGUCCGGCGCUUUCCUUCCGUUCGCAUUGCAAGUCUCCGCUUGCACUGGUCCAUACCCACACGAGCGACGGCACAGACCCAAGACCCCGCUCGAGCGAAAAAUGAUCUUUGGGGAUGGGUGCAGGAAGACUCUGCUGCCGAAGCGUUUCUGCUCGCUAUCACGCAAGAAGAUGGCCGGUGGAGCGGACACCAGCGUUUCUUUAUUGCGGCGCCGGAUAUAUCGUUACUCGAGCAAGAUUCUAAAACCCUUAGGGAGACUUAUUGGGGUGAUGUGCGGGUAAGGGAGGGAAAUAAUGUUAGCGGAAGGAAUGGGUUCUUCGAUUGUGCGAAGGCAGAGAGGCUGCUGGGAUGGAUUCACAGGGAUAUAUCAUAA